UAUUGAGAUUGGGAUUUAUCAACAUCUGAUAACUUUGCCAUACAGCAGCGGUUAAAUGUAUUUUCUGCAGUUUACCGCCUGACCUCUUGGGAGCGACAGAAAUCUUCGGGCAGUGAAGUUAUAGUUGCGAAAGUGGGACCGGAAGUACUGUCGGCUUUCCCCGCUUGCUAGCUAUUCAUUUAAUCCUAACAAUAGCUAAUGGAUAUUUUUAAUUAGUAUCGUUGCAGCUUUACUUAAAACAAACAUGCUGGGGAAGACAUCCCUAUAACUAUCCGGUGACCUUUUUGCCUCUUAGUUUUAAUCGUUGAUUAACGUCUCUAACUAGCGGUAGCCUCUGGUUAGAAUUUUCGAUUAGCAACACUGUAUUGUAUAGUCGACAUUAAAUGAAUGACAACGGCUUAGAGUUGACAGUUUAAAAAAGACCGAUCUACAACAACAUAUUCAAAAAUGGGUACGGGUGCUGAUGUGAGGGACAUCCUGGAGUUGACGGGAGGGGAUAAUGACGGUCCAAUCAGCAAGAAAGAUCUCAUCAACUCCGACAAGAAAAAAUCCAAAAAGGCCACAGAAACGCUGACCUUCAAAAGACCAGAGGGAAUGCACAGAGAGGUUUACGCUCUGCUGUACUCAGAUAAGAAAGAUGCACCUCCUCUGCUGCCUAGUGACACAACUCAGGGCUAUAGAACAGUAAAGGCAAAACUGGGAUGUAAAAAGGUGCGGCCCUGGAAGUGGAUGCCCUUCACUAACCCUGCUCGCCGGGAUGGUGCCAUUUUCCAUCACUGGAGACGUGCAGCAGAGGAAGGCAAAGACUAUCCUUUUGCCCGUUUUAAUAAAACAGUGCAGGUACCAGUGUAUUCAGAGCAGGAAUAUCAGAUGCAUCUCCAUGAUGAUGGUUGGACUAAAGCAGAGACAGACCACCUGUUCGACCUGUGCAAACGUUUUGACCUCCGCUUCGUAGUCGUCCAUGACCGAUACGAUCACCAGCAAUAUCGAAAACGCUCUGUCGAGGACUUAAAAGAACGGUAUUACACUAUUUGUGGUAAACUGACAAAGGUUCGUGCAGCCACAGGGACAGAGCCCAAAAUCUACAUUUUUGAUGCUGGCCAUGAAAGACGCCGCAAAGAACAACUGGAGAAGCUCUUCAAUCGUACACCAGAACAAGUGGCAGAAGAGGAAUAUCUAAUACAAGAGCUCAGGAAGAUUGAAACCAGAAAGAAGGAGCGGGAGAAGAAGGCUCAGGAUCUGCAGAAACUUAUUAAAGCAGCUGACACGACCACGGAGUUGAGACGAGCUGAGAAGAGAGUGUCCAAGAAAAAGAUCCCACAAAAAAGAGAAACAGAGAAACCAGUGGUUCCAGAGACAGCAGGCAUUAAGUUCCCUGACUUCAAAUCAGCUGGAGUUACACUGCGCAGUCAGAGGAUGAAACUGCCAAGCUCAGUGGGUCAGAAGAAGAUCAAGGCCAUUGAGCAAAUCCUUGUAGAGCAGGGAGUGGAUCUGAACCCCAUGCCGACAGAAGAGAUCGUGCAGAUGUUCAACGAGCUGCGCAGCGACCUGGUGCUGCUCUACGAGCUAAAGCAGGCUCACAGCAACUGUGAAUAUGAGCAGCAGAUGCUUCGUCAUCGCUACGAGGCUCUUCUGAAGGCGGGCGGCGGGGGAGCGUGUGGAACAGCAGGUGCAGCGCUCGCCGCUGUAGCGCCAGGCGGAGAACUCAACAGCACUGCUGCGUCCACCCCAGGCGGUGAUCUUCAGUCGUGGCCCUGUGUAGAUGACAUCAAAGUGGAAGCUAAGGAGCAGAUAAUUGAUGUUGUAGGAGCGCCGCUCACCCCCAACUCACGCAAACGGAGAGAAUCAGCAUCCAGCUCAUCAUCAGUGAAGAAGAUGAAGAAGCCGUGAGGGCGACCAAGAUGAGGGGAGAUGCUCUGGUAACUGGUGAUGCAGAGGUCCCGGGGUUGUCUGUUUGAGUAAAAGCACAACCACAAGAGUCCAACACACACAACUUCUCACCCCAUCUUACCAACAUCCCCCAUCUUCCCCCAAACCUCCCUGCGUCUUUGUGACAAAGGCAGCAACUGAGUGACAUUUCAUUCCAUUACUGCUGGUUUUCGUGCCUCCACCAUUGCUUGGCAUUAGAUGAGGCCAGAUCAACUGUAAAUUGCCAAGCAGAGCUAAUCGGGACAUGGUGAAGGAGGUGGGAGUGACUGGGUAAUUGAAAUGAAUUGGAAUGAAAGAAGAGACAGCCAGUGGGUGGACCUCCAGUCUCCAUGCUCAUUUGACUCCUUUAAGGAUUUUCAUUUUGCAGCCCAAUCACACCUACAGUGUGGACUGGGAUUUUGGGUUUUCUUUCUUUUUUUUUUUUGUUCUAGUCUGUAGUACAGGCUGCAUCAAACUGGGAGUACAGAAAAAUGCAGCUUCUGUCUGUUGCCCGUGUGCAGACUGAAUGGUGUUGUUUGUCCUCAGGUGACCUUGAAGACGCUCCAGUCAAUGAUUCAAUAAACCUCACUGUUGUUUUGUU